CGGCACUGACUGGCAUCACUGAUGGGCACUGACUGGCGGCACUUGGCACAACCCCUGGGCACUGACUGGUGGCACUGACUGGCAGCACUGCUGGGCUGCACUGGUGGAUGGCACUGGUGGCAGCACUGGUGGGUGGGCACAGGUGGGUGGCACUGGUGGGCACAGGUGGGUGGGCACAGGUGGGUGGCACUGCUGGGCACAGGUGGGUGGCACUGCUGGGCACAGGUGGGUGGCACUGCUAGCCACAGGUGGGUGGCACUGAUGGGCACAGGUGGGUGGCACUGAUGGGCACAUGUGAGUGGCACUGCAGGGCAAAGGUGG